CCAGGUCCGUCCAGAAUUCGCUCCCUUGUGCUUCGCCGUUCGACUCCCCCGGAAACGGUGGCUGCACACGCCGAGUUCCGGGCCAGCGCGCCUCCGUCUGGCUGGGAGCGCGGGGGCCCCAGUGCCGGAUGGAGGCGAAGGAGGCAUCCGAGCCGGCUACCGGCGUUGGGUGCUGUGUGUCAGCGGAGGAGAUCGAAAAGUGGAUGGAGGAGGCCAUGCAAAUGGCCAGAGAAGCCCUAGAAAAUACCGAAGUCCCUGUCGGCUGCCUUCUGGUCUACAACAAUGAAGUUGUGGGCAAGGGAAGAAAUGAAGUCAAUCAAACCAAAAACGCCACUCGACAUGCGGAAAUGGUGGCCAUCGACCAGGUCCUGGAGUGGUGUCGCGGCCGCGGCAGGAGCCCCUCCGAGGUGUUCGAGCGCACCGUGCUGUACGUCACCGUGGAGCCCUGCAUCAUGUGCGCCGCCGCGCUGCGCCUGAUGAGAAUCCCGCUGGUUGUAUAUGGCUGUCAGAACGAACGUUUUGGUGGCUGUGGCUCGGUUCUAGAUAUCGCCUCUGCUGACUUACCAAACACUGGGAGGUCAUUUCAGUGCAUUCCUGGCUACCGGGCCGAGGAAGCAGUGGAAAUGUUAAAGAACUUCUACAAACAAGAAAAUCCAAACGCACCCAAAUCAAAGGUUCGAAAAAAGGAAUGUCAGAAAUCCUGAACUUGACCUAAUGAAGGACUAAUGAAUGCCACUGGAUGAAAUUCAUGUACUGAAAGCUGGCGACCUCAUCAAAUCAUGUGUUAUAUAUUGUCCUUAACCCAUGGGAAAAGGAUCUUUCAUCAUUUCCUGUUAAAGGAACAACUUAGCACUUUUAAAAAGUCUGACAAUUGUAAUCAACUACUACUACAACUAGUGUUUCCGUGAGCUGAAAGACUAUUUUGAAAAGGGAAAAAUUAAAGAUUGAGGCGACAGAAAUCAGUAAGCAGUGCAGUGCACUUCCUGCCAAAGGGUCAUGCCCAGUCCUGGGGAGUGCUGUGAGGAGUGAGCAUCCAGACUCAGUUACUGGCGUGUCCGGACGGGGGCGCUGCUGUGGACACUGAGUCCGCGCCCGGCAUUUCGGAAGCGAGUCUUCCUUCCUUGCAGCCUCUACGCUCUCCCAGGGUGCUGGGGGCCCGCGACUUCCCUUGGACAUUGUACAUGAGUUGUGUACAUGCAGACCAGGAUUGUAAAGUCCUCAGAACAGACUUUUUACCUUUAUAAAAACACUUAGAAUAAACGCCUAUGGUAAAACAAGUGCUAAAACCUUAUUUGUGCCUUUUUGGGAGAUGGAUAGUCUUAAAAAUAAAAGAUAAAAAGCACAAAUGGGACAAGUCCUUCUUUGUCCCUGAGCAACUGCACUGUGAAUCAGGGAACAAAACAGAAUCUGGCCCUGGUGGAGCAGGGAGAUGGGUAACAAUCAGAACAGCAUGUUAGGGGGUGACAUAGAUUAUGGCAAAAAGAACGGGCAGGCCACUGGUGGUGAGUCUGCUGGUUGCACAAUUAAAUAGCAUGGUCAGUUUGGUCUGAAAUAGAAUACAGUUCUUUCUCUUUAUAAAAACCCAGAUUUAGAAUUUGAAAAUCUAAAGUGGUGAAACAUGAACACAGCCCUGGACAGGGUGGCGCAGCAGGAACUCCCAGAUACUCUCGCGGGCUGACUACGGUAAGGCUGGUGCGGCUUGAAGGGCAGCUUUGAAGAGCCGGGCUGCGGUGCACCGCGUCCGUCCGCCCAGAAGGGGGCCUCGCCGUUCCACCAGAAGCCCCGCUCCUGGUCCUGGACCGAAGCUCCUCAGCUGCAUUUCUUCACUAGAUUCAUUUCCUUGAUGCAAAGCAUCUGUAUUUGUUGGUUCUGCAAUUUGAGCGAUGUCUCUGACUUGUUUGUUUUGAAUUACAUUACAGGCUGGAAUGUAAUUGUGGUGAAAGUAUUUUUAUAUUGCUGAGAGUAGCAGCUAAUCACAGUUACAUGCUUCGGAGGAUUUAUAAUUGCUUGAUUUUGUAUGUGUGUGUUUUUAACUGCAUUUGAAUUUUAUGGAGAAGAAUAGGCAUGAUUUUAAAUCUAUAAUGAUGUUACAUGUAACUUCUCUUCAAUUUCACCUGCUUUGAAAAUUAUCCUCUCAUUAAAUUUUAGUGCUUUGACUACUUGA